AAAAUGUCAUCUGAUGAGUUAAAUGCAUAAAAAAAUAAAUUAAGAGAGUAAAUUAUUCAUACAGAAACUCUAAAUAUGAUGGCUAAAUAUUAGUUAGUUUUUUUAAAGAUGGAAAUAUCAAUGAGAAGGCUAGCUUUGAUUAUAAAAUUAAAGUAAUUUGAACUGAUUAUUGUAGAGGAAACUAACAGAAGGUUUAUGCAUUUAGGAAACUAAAGUAAUCUAAUAAAUAUAGCGUUAAUCAUUUUAAAGUUCUUUUUACAUAUAUAGCAUUAAAGUAUAAGUAAAUUGGAACAAUAAUUCAAAAAAAAUAAAAAAGGAAUAUACAUUAUGCAUUUAUUAAAGUUAGACUUCUAUUUUCAAAGAAUAAAAAUGACAAAAUAAGAACAUCCUUUUUAUAAGUGAUAGCAUCUAAAGAUUCAGAAAUAAAAAAUCUAUAAAUAAAGGAAUAAGAAAUUAUGGAGAAUAUAACUAAUUAAAAAUAAAAAGAGUAGGAUUUAUAAUAGAAAAUAAAAUAAAAAGAUUUAAUUUUAACAUCAUUAGAAAAUGAAUUGAGAAAAAACUCAACCAAUAAAACACUUGAUACAAAAGUAAAUCAACUUAAUAUUUAAGUUAAGAAAUAUAGAAAUUGAGAAUCAGGAGAUGCAAGAUCGUAUUAUGGGAACUGAAGAUUCUGUAAAUUUAUUUAUAAGAGAAAUGAAUGAUAUGCUUGAUACUCAUGAAAUCAGUACUAAUUUAGGUAAUCAUAAAAACAAAUUUAUUAGGUAUAGAUUCUGAUGAAAACUAAUCUUAUGAACAACCUCCUUAAAUUGUUGAAUAUUAGAGCUAAAGAUUAAAUCAAAAUACAAGAUAAUAAAAAUCAAAGAACUUUUACUCAAAUUAAUUGACUAGAAGUACUAAAAUUAAUUGA